AUGGCUCGAUCACAGCUUGCUUCUCUAGUCCGAGAAUGUCUUCAUCAACGGAAGUCUUCAAACGAAUUCAACCAGAUACUCGGGUUCGCCAUCAAAAGAUGGAAGUCUACCGGCCCAGAUAUCAUAGCUGGGUUGGUCAGUGCUGUAGCUGGAUUUUGUCUUGAUAACGAUGUUCUUAUUUCCGGCUAUCUGCAAGUCAUUUUGAUUUCACACCACGCCCAGUUCUCCGACUGCCUCUACGUCUUCAUCCGGCACUGGCAAGUGUUUGCAGCAAAUAAUGGGGCACAGACUUCAGGAUAUGUAAGGUUGCUUGCUCAAAUGAUCACAGAUCUUGCUGUUACCAUCCCCAGCAUACCACUAACUCCUGCUCAAGCUCGUAAGAACAUCAUCUGGUGUUCUAGAUGGCUGCAGGCACUCUUCAAGCUUGCCACAGCUGGAGCAAAACAUAACGACGAGCAUAUCACCUUGCUGGUCACUGCCCUGAGUGGCUUCCUCCUCACCACCUUGAACAUUCCUGCUGGCCUCACAGCUGUAAAGGCAGCCCAAGAUGACCUGGAUGACCCGUUGAAACGAGCUGUUCGUGAGGCUAUCCAUGGGAGUAUGACCGCAUUUCCUGAUAUUUCGAUGCAAUUGCUGUCAGAAGCCCACAAGCAUCCGGCACUUGACGAAACGAUACGUCCCGAUACAAACAACUCCCAAGCCUCUGAGAUGGCUGCUAUCAACUUCGAGAACAAUGUCGCCAAUUCGCAAAUCGUCCCUACAAGAGUUGCGACAUAUGUUCUCCUGUAUGACAAAGAACUCUGGAAUGACCUCACUGCUUUAGCAAGUCCGGAAGCUUUGGCCAUUGCGAAACACUUUUUGCACAUCUGCAUUCUCCAUCAAAUGAUCUCGUCGGAAACAGUACAGAAGUUGACAGGUGAGGAUCCAAACGCGACCACAGCUAAAGGUUUAUUUCCACGACAAGCAUUGGUUGAUCAGGUCAGUGCCAAUGCCACUAGAGCACCGAGGCUGGUCGAAGAGUUGUGCAAGAACGAUGGCAACGCUGGUUCUUUCAGCCAAGCGAUCGUACAAGUAAUGCAUAGAUAUUGCCAAACCAGAGACACACAGCACCUGAAAGAGAUUGCAAACGUGUUUGUUCGACAGCCCCAGGCCAUCAAUUCACUCACUAUGUUUGUGACGCCUGCAUUCUUCUUGGCUCCCUUUUGCACUUUACUCGACGAAUGGACGUGGGAUGACAUUCACGGUGAAUCUCAGCCAGUUUAUGAGGAAUUCGGUAGCAUUCUCCUGCUGAUCAUGACUGUGAAAUUUAGGCUAGGGCUUAGAAACGAAGAACUAGGACUGACGUCCCACUCUGGCUUCGUCGCGCACUUCCUAGCUUCAGGCCAGUCCGAGAAGUUCCUCAGUCAGAUGAGUGACAGCGAGAAGUCAAAUUUGGGGGCAUGGAUUCACAACCUGUACGAGUCUGAAGGCAUUAGCGAUGAGGUGACGUCGAACUGUAGUGCCAAAGAAUUUUAUUUAAUGGUUCCAACACUCCUACGCCAAAGCAUGGCUGCAUUAGCUGCUGGCACGCUUCCGCAAGAUCGCCUCGAAGGGGGUUUGGAUUACCUCCUCGAGCCCUUCUUGUUACCUUCAUUGCUGCCUUCGUUCGAAUGGCUUUCACAGGCCAUACUCAAGGAUCGCAAGAGUGCAGCUAUCAUCCUUAGACGGCUAGCAAGAUCUCCUGAAAACGCCGAAACGAGCAAACUGCAUCGUACUAUUAUGGAUAUCGCUAGUGUCACGUUCAAAGCAGUCCUGGGCCAGUCAUCAGAAAAAUCACAGUACGCCGACAUUCUGGAACUUUUCGAUGGGCCUGCGUCCUUUUCUGUGAACAGUGGUGUGUCGGGAGCAGAGCUGACUGGGUGGACACAUGAGCACGGCGGCUCCUGUGCUUACCUGCAAAAGGCCGUGAGAGAUCUCAUAGCAAUCCCUAACACAGGUCUAUACCAGCCCAAUAUUGUCUCUGUAGCUAUGAGCAUGCGAGGGCCUGCUGGUGUUAUUCAAGCCCUAGUUACAGUUCUGGUGCAAUACGCGGCUAACAACAAUUUCCAUCAAAUGCUUGACAUAGUCGCGACGCUUGUCGCAUGCAGAGCACCAAUAGGCAUUACUUUGCGGAAUUCUCUACAAUUGUUGCAUGCUAGACUCGCCAGUCUACUCAAAAGUGGCGACCCACUUUUCCCACAAGCGACCGUCCAUCUUUAUCGGCGGGUGGAAUUGUACGCCAACGCAUUGAGACCACACGCGGGAAUAGACGAGAAUCCCCUGGACAACUUGGAUGGAAUGGAGUUGCCCGAAAUCGAUCUUGACCAGGUUCCAGUAACCCUGGAUGAAUCUAAGAAGCAGCCUGCACAAACAACUCAGCCAGAGACUUUAGCAAACGAUGCUCUUGAUCAAAUUCUGACAGAGACGGCCGAGAUGAAUCAAAUGGACAACUACGAAAUGAACGAUGACAACAAUAUUUUCGUCAUGGAUCAGUAUGAGUUGGGCGACAUAGGCGACCUGGAUAUGACUAUGUUUUGA